AUGCAUCAUAUUGCAUUCAUAAAAAGUGUCAAAACCAAGUCUCAUACUCUCCUCAUUUCUGUCUCAGAAAAAAGCAAAGUGGCCCGGCGUAUUCAGUACAAACCUACCCGUGUUCACCGUACUCGAGCAUACAUCAAGAAGAAGAUGGCAACUGAUGAACAAGAGAACAGUGACCUUAGGGAGGAGGUUAGUAACCUCAAGGAAGGUAUGGAGAAGAUAACCGCAAUGAUGAUUGACAUGAUGGCCGCACAGGCACAAGCCUCUCAAGCGCAAAAUGCUCAGACCACUCAGGCACAUGUUGAAGCUUCUCAGUCUGCUGGUUCUCCUGCAAUCCAGCCAAUUCCUACUACUUCUGCUGAUGCUUCACAACCAAUUCCUACUGGUUCCACCGCAGCUGUUGGUACUACACAACCUUUGGUGACUGACAUGUACAAUUCAGGCUUCCAUCCCGUUGGACCUUCCGGUUUCUCUUUCCCUCCUCAGUACUGUAUGCCGCCAGGCUACCCGUGGGGCAUGCCUCUCGCAACUAAUGAAGGUUUUCGUCAUAAUGCGCCGGAAAUGCAGUUCCCUCUUGGCCAGCAACAAACACCGUUCUACCAGACCGGCCAGCCUUUUCCUCAGGCUACUAUGACUUAUGCCGGACCCCUCGUGCAUGCUGCUCAGCAAGAGGAGGAACAAGUGUACCAUUCCAAUAGUGUGGCUGGUGAUGAUAGAGUGGGUAACUUAGAAGAAAAGUACGAUGCGGUACAUAAAGAGUUGAAGAGUAUCCGGGGUAAGGAAGUGUUUAGCCAUAAUUUGAAUGACCUCUGCUUGGUUGCGGAUGUGGUUAUACCUCCUAAAUUUAAAGUGCCGACCUUUGAGAAGUACACGGGGAAUACUUGCCCUGAAAUUCACUUAAUCAUGUAUGUUAGGAGGAUGACGGCUCAUAGGAAGAAUGAACCUCUACUCAUCUACUGUUUUCAGGACAGUUUGGCUGGUCCCGCACUCACAUGGUAUAUGAAUUUGAAGGGUAUCACUACUUUUGAGGAAUUGGCUAAUGCCUUCAUCCAGCAGUAUAAAUAUAACUCUUAUCUGGCCCCUAACCGGAAAGAGCUGCAAGCUAUGACUCAGGGUGAUAAGGAAUCUUUCAAAGAGUAUGCCCAGCGCUUCAUUCAGAAAUCUGCUCAAAUUCGUCCGCCUUUGGAAGAAAGAGAAGUGGCUGAUCUGUUCUAUGAGACUCUGAGCCCUUUCUACUCAGAGAAGAUGCUUCUUUGUGCUUCACAGAAGUUUACCGACAUGGUAGACGCGGGUGUUCGUAUCGAAGAAUGGGUCCGUAAGGGACGGGGUAGUAAAGAUGGUGCCUCUUCAGGUAGUUAUUCAGGAAGUUUGACAAGCGGGUCAUCCAAUGGUAAUAGGAAGUUCGGAAAUGGGUACCCAAAGAAGAAUCCUCAAGAGGUCGGCAUGGUGGCUCAUGGCGGAUCCCAACCUGUAUACCUCAACUACCCCUAUGUUGCUAAUAUUCCAUCACCCAUCCCAGCUCCACAAAACCCAAACUAUCAACCACAAAGGCCUCAAGCCCACCGUCCAUAUUAUCCACCACUAUAUCAAUCACAACCUUAUCAGCCACAACCGUUUUACCAACAACCAUACUAUCCCCUUCCACCACAACAACAACAGCCUCGUCAGCCUCGUCCUCCACCACAACAACCACAGCCUCGUCAGCCUCGCCCUCCAAGAAAUCAAUUUCCUCCUAUCCCUAUGCUGUAUGGAGACUUGUUACCCUCCCUGCUCGCUAGGGGUCUUGUUCAAGUUAAACCACGUCCCCCGGUGCCGAACCCUUUACCUCAUUGGUAUCGCCCAGACCUUACUUGUGAAUUCCAUCAAGGGGCACCAGGGCACGACAUUGAGCACUGUUACCCUCUCAAAGACGCAGUCCAAAGAUUGAUUCACAACAAGGACUUAUCCUUCAAUGACCCUGACCCUGUUGCUCCAAACAACCCUCUACCACCUCAUGGGCCGACCGUUAACAUGAUUGAGAAUUAUCAGGAAGAUGAUCUCGUCACCAACGCUCAAGAUGUCAGAACCCCGAUGGUUCCAAUGCAUGUGAAGAUGUGUAACGUAGGUAUGUUUAGCCACGAUCAUAUCAAUUGUGAGGUGUGUUCUGCGGAUCCCCACGGGUGCAUUCAAGUUCAAAAUGAUGUACAAGGGUUAAUGGAUCGAGGAGAGCUGGUUGUCACAAGAGAAGAUAAAAGUAUUUGUGUUGUAAUUCCUGUGUUUAAGGAUAGGGUGAAACCAAUUGGUGUUGUUACUCCGAUAUUCAAAGACAACGCCAAGAUGGUUGUCAAUCCUCUAGCAAUUUGUGUGCCAAAACCCGAGUUGUUCUUCUCGCAGAAGGCUAUUCCAUAUAGCUACGAAUCUGCAGGAAUAGAGGAUGGUAAAGGGGAACUUUUGAGUCCUUCAACUUCGGUAGAUAACAUUGCUGAGAGUAGUCAAAUUCUGAGAAGUGGACGUAUUCUUCCGGCCAUUGUACGAGCAAAGAACAAAGCUCCGGUGAUAGAGUCAGGCCCAAUACCGGAUCCUAGCAAGGGUAAAAGUGUGGGUCAACCCAGUGGAACCGAUGAUGAUGAAAUUUUGAAACUGAUCAGGAAAAGUGAUUAUAAAAUAGUGGACCAGUUGUUGCAGACUCCAUCCAAGAUUUCUAUCAUGUCGCUAUUGACAAGCUCGGAUGCUCACAGGGAAGCCUUGAUGAAAGUGUUGAAUCAGGCCUAUGUAGACCAUGAUGUGACUUUGGGUCAAUUUGGGAGCAUUGUUGGAAAUGUGACUGCAUGCAACAACCUAAGUUUCAGUGAUGAAGAUCUCCCAGUGGAAGGGAAAAAUCAUAACAUGGCCUUACAUAUCUCUGUUAUGUGCAAAACAGAUUCUCUGUCCAAUGUCUUGAUAGACACUGGUUCUUCCCUCAAUGUAAUGGCGAAGACAACCUUUGAUAAAUUGACGUAUUCAGACGGAUUUAUUAGGCCCAGUUGCGUGUCGGUAAGGGCAUUUGAUGGAUCCAGGAAGACGGUGUGGGGAGAAAUAGAUUUACAUAUCACUAUUGGGCCCCAAGAGUUUAAAGUUACGUUCCAGAUAAUGGAUAUUCAAGCUUCCUACAGCUGUUUACUUGGUAGACCAUGGAUUCAUGAAGCAGGGGCAGUAACAUCCACUCUUCACCAAAAGCUAAAGUUUGCGAGUCAUGGAAAGCUUGUUACAGUGAGUGGGGAAUCAGCUCUUUUGGUUAGCCAUUUGUCGUCCUUUUCCUUCAUUGGUGGUGAAAGUCCGGAUGGAACGUCAUUCCAAGGGUUCUCGGUUGAAAGCGGUACUACAAAAGGUGAAACAUGCAUGGCCUCUCUAAGGGAUGCUCAGAGAGUAAUCCAAGAAGGAAAAGCGGAAGGCUGGGGGCAAUUAGUACAGUUGCCCGAGAACAAGCGCAAAGAAGGUUUGGGUUUCUCUGGCAAUAAGCAAGUGGUGUUCGACCCAACUAGGGGCACUUUUCACAGUGCCGGAUUCAUUAAUACACCACCUGAGACUAAUGCAAUUUUGGAAGAUCAAUCAGAAGAGGUGGCACCUGACUUUGUGACUCCUGAUGGAAAUUGCUGCAACUGGAUUGCUGUUGACAUCCCUUCUGCGAUACCUUUUUCUAAACUAAGCAUAAGUGAGCCCGUUGAACGUAGUGACCCUAUGCUUCCGCCCAACUGGGAGUUCCCUGUUUAUGAGGCUUGGGUAGAGGAGGAUGAAGAGAUUCCUAAUGAGCUCAGAUGGAUGUUAGAACAAGAAAGAAAAGCCAUUCAGCCUCAUAAGGAAGAAAUAGAAUCGAUCAACCUGGGUACUGAGGAAGAUAGGAAAGAGAUUAAGAUUGGAACGUCAUUAGAGGCAUCUGUCAAGAAUAGGAUAAUUGAGCUUCUCAGAGAGUAUGAUGAUAUAUUUGCGUGGUCCUACAAAGACAUGCCGGGGUUAGACCCUGAUGUUGUUGAACAUCGUUUGCCUCUAAAGCCCGAGUGUCCUCCAGUCAAGCAGAAGUUAAGAAGAUCUCAUCCAGAUAUGGCUCUCAAGAUCAAAGAGGAAGUGCGAAAGCAAAUUGACGCAGGUUUCUUGAUUACCUCUGAAUAUCCUCAAUGGUUGGCCAACAUAGUGCCCGUUCCGAAGAAAGAUGGUAAGGUCAGAAUGUGUGUUGACUAUCGGGAUUUGAACAAAGCUAGUCCGAAGGAUGAUUUCCCUUUACCUCACAUUGAUGUAUUGGUUGAUAGUACUGCUAGAUGCAAGGUGUUCUCCUUCAUGGAUGGGUUUUCCGGGUAUAACCAGAUCAAGAUGGCUCCGGAAGAUAGAGAAAAGACGUCUUUCAUCACGCCAUGGGGCGCUUUCUGCUACUUAGUAAUGCCAUUUGGAUUGAUAAAUGCUGGCGCCACUUACCAGAGAGGCAUGACUAAAAUAUUCCAUGAUAUGAUACAUAAAGAGAUUGAAGUAUAUGUGGAUGAUAUGAUUGUCAAGUCAGGCACUGAAGAAGAACAUGUUGAGUAUUUGUUAAAGAUGUUUCAACGGUUGAGAAAGUACAAACUCCGAUUAAAUCCUAACAAGUGUACCUUCAGUGUUAGAUCUGGCAAGCUCUUGGGUUUCAUUGUCAGUCAGAAAGGUAUUGAAGUAGAUCCCGACAAAGUCAAAGCUAUCAGGGAAAUGCCGGCUCCAAAGACAGAGAAACAAGUUAGAGGCUUUUUGGGAAGAUUGAACUACAUCUCCAGAUUCAUCUCCCAUAUGACUGCCACAUGUGGGCCGAUAUUCAAGUUACUCCGUAAAGAUCAGGGGAUCGUUUGGACGGAAGAUUGCCAGAAAGCUUUUGAUAGCAUCAAAAGGUAUUUGUUAGAACCUCCGAUUCUUGUCCCUCCAGUUGAAGGAAGGCCGUUGAUCAUGUACUUGACUGUGUUGGAUGAUUCUAUGGGCUGCGUGCUUGGUCAACAAGACGAAACUGGAAAGAAAGAGCAUGCCAUUUACUACUUGAGUAAGAAGUUUACUGAUUGUGAGUCCCGAUAUUCUAUGCUUGAGAAAACUUGUUGCGCUUUGGCAUGGGCCGCUAAGCGUCUCCGUCACUACAUGGUUUACCACACUACUUGGUUGAUAUCCAAAAUGGAUCCGAUCAAGUACCUUUUUGAGAAGCCGGCGUUAACAGGAAGAAUUGCUCGUUGGCAGAUGUUAUUGUCUGAAUAUGAUAUUAUGUAUCGCACUCAGAAAGCCAUCAAGGGUAGUGUUCUUGCUGACCAUUUGGCUCAUCAACCAAUUGAAGACUAUCAGCCUAUCAAGUUUGAUUUCCCAGAUGAAGAGAUCAUGUAUUUAAAGAUGAAAGAUUGUGAUGAACCGUUGUUUGGUGAAGGUCCUGAUCCAGACUCUAAGUGGGGUUUGAUUUUUGAUGGAGCCGUCAAUGUCUUUGGUAAUGGAAUAGGGGCAGUUAUCCUUACUCCUAAAGGUACUCACAUCCCUUUCACUGCAAGACUCCAGUUUGAUUGCACGAAUAAUAUUGCAGAAUAUGAAAUCAAAGGAAAAUGGGAAACUCACCAUGCUGGAAUGAUACCUUACAGAGACUAUGCCAGACGUUUAUUGACCUUCUUCAACAAGGUAGAGUUGCACCACAUUCCUCGGGAUGAGAAUCGAAUGGCAGAUGCCCUAGCAACUUUAUCUUCAAUGAUCAAGGUGAAUCGAGGCAACGACAUGCCUCUAAUCAGUGUCAAGUUCCUUGAUAGGCCCGCUUAUGUGUUUGUAGCCGAAGCAGUUUUUGAUGAUAAGCCGUGGUUUCAUGAUAUUAAAGUAUUUCUUCAAACUCAAGAGUACCCUCCUGGGGCAUCCCGUAAAGAUAAGAGAACUCUAAGAAGAUUGUCUGGCAAUUUCUUCCUGAGUGGAGACGUCUUGUACAAAAGAAACUUUGAUUCAGUUUUGCUCAGAUGUGUGGACCGACGUGAAGCAGAUUUAUUAAUGCAUGAGAUACACGAAGGCUCGUUCGGGACUCAUUCUAGUGGAUAUUCAACGGCUAGGAAGGCAUUGAGAGCAGGCUACUACUGGAUAACGAUGCAUGCUGACUGUCAUCAUUAUGCCAAGAAGUGCCACAAGUGCCAAAUUUAUGCUGAUAAGAUUCAUGUUCCACCGUCUAUGCUCAAUGUUAUCUCUUCUCCAUGGCCGUUCUCUAUGUGGGGCAUUGAUAUGAUUGGUCGAAUCGAACCAAAAGCUUCCAAUGGACAUCGUUUCAUACUAGUGGCUAUUGACUACUUCACCAAAUGGGUCGAAGCGGCAUCUUAUGCCAAUGUGACCAAACAAGUAGUAGUCCGAUUUAUCAAGAACAAUAUCAUAUGCCGUUAUGGCAUUCCCAACAAGAUCAUCACGGAUAAUGGCACAAAUUUGAACAAUAAAAUGAUGAAGGAAUUAUGUGAUGUACGUACUUCAACAGGGGCAACCCCUUUUUCUUUGGUAUAUGGGACGGAAGCGAUACUUCCGGUAGAAGUUGAAAUCCCGUCAUUGAGGGUCUUGAUGGAAGCUGAGCUGUCAGAGGCUGAAUGGUGUCAAAAUAGGUAUGAUCAGUUGAAUUUGAUUGAGGAAAAACGCAUGGCUGCUUUAUGUCAUGGACAGCUAUAUCAGACAAGGAUGAAACAAGCGUUCGAUAAAAAGGUUCGACCCCGUGAAUUUAAAGAAGGUGACCUGGUGGUCAAGAGUAUCAAUGUUAAGAUCGUUGGGCUUUAUCCCACCAAUGGUUUGUUUGAAGGGUUCUACCCCGACAAUGUUUGGCUCAUCUCUAGUAAUGGUAUUCCCGUUGAAGAUUUAUGGGUGUUUGUGCUGUGA